GUGAAGCUGGAGGCCGCGGCGCUGGGACUCUCCUGUAGCUGUCAUUCGUUAGUGGCGUGUUUCUGUCUGCCCGGCUUGAUGCAUCCGCGGCGCCCUGAAGGCUUCGAUGGCCUGGGCUACCGGGGCGGCCGGGAGGAGCAGGGGGGCUUCGCGGCCAAGCCAGACCUAGGCCACUGGGUCAGCACCCCGCCUGACAUCCCUGGCAGUCGCAACCUGCACUGGGGGGAGAAGACCCCGCAGUUCGUCGCCGGGACCCCAUUGGGGGCGUCUGGGCUCAACGAGGAGCCUUAUCUCGGAGGCGUCGGCGCUAGCUCUGAACAGUUGAAUAGGUUUGCAGGCUUUGGGAUUGGUCUGGCAAGCUUGUUUACAGAGAAUGUGCUGGCUCAUCCUUGUAUUGUUCUGCGUCGGCAGUGCCAGGUUAAUUAUCAUGCCAGGAAUUAUCAUCUCACUCCAUUUACUAUCAUCAACCUCAUGUAUAGCAUCAAUAAAGCCCAGGGCCCCAAAGCUCUUUGGAAAGGAAUGGGAAGCACAUUCAUUGUUCAAGGCAUAACCCUAGGAGCAGAAGGGAUCAUAAGUGAAUUCACGCCCUUGCCAAGAGAGCUGUCAUAUAAGUGGAGUCUCCGACAAAUAGGAGGACAUCUUUUGCUUAAAGGGGUGACUUGUGUGAUAGCAAUGCCUUUUUAUUCUGCAAGUCUGAUUGAAACUGUACAAAGUGAAAUUAUUCGGGAUAAUCCUGGAAUCUUAGAUUGCCUAAAAGAGGGUAUAGGCCGAGUAAUGGGCUUUGGAGUGCCCCAUAGCAAACGGCUGCUCCCUCUUCUGGCACUGACCUUUCCAACUGUUCUACAUGGAGUUGUCCACUACAUCAUUAGUUCCAUUGUUCAGAAAUUAGUCCUUGUGCUUCUAAAAAAAGAAAAUCCCUCCAGUCUUGCAACAGAAGGCACCAGUUCUGUGCAAAGUAUGCUGGAUGCUUAUUUUCCAGAACUUAUUGCUAGUUUUGCUGCCAGCCUUUGUGCUGAUGUCAUGUUGUACCCAUUGGAGACAGUCUUACACCGUCUACACAUUCAGGGAACCCGCACCAUCAUUGACAAUACAGACCUUGGAUAUGAAGUUCUCCCCAUCAAUACUCAGUACGAAGGAAUGAGAGACUGCAUCAAUACAAUUAAGCGUGAAGAAGGAAUACUGGGAUUUUACAAAGGAUUUGGGGCUGUGGUUGUACAAUAUACAUUACAUGUAGCUUUGUUGCACCUUACUAAAAUUCUUUAUUCCACAUUGCUUCAGAAUGUUUCUUAAGGGCUAAUAGAUACACCCCUUGAAAAUUCACACAUUGAGCAGACAAGCAAAUGAAAUCUGAAGGAUUAGAAUUCACAGUGGUGGUUUUCUGACCACAUAGGAUGCUCCUUUGUAAAUAGAGACACAUGUUCCCCUAUGUCCUUUACACAAUACUUGAUCAAAGGAAAAUGAAAGAUGGCUUUUAAAAUGUCAAAAUGUGUGAUGUUAGAAAAUAUUUUAAAAUAUCUAUUAUUGUAUAGAAGGAUUUCGGACAUUUCUUGAUGUAAUUUCAAACAAUCCUACUAGCAGUUUUUGCAGCAUAAACUCCAUUUGCAAUCAGUGGUAACUGUGCAAAAGUAAAGCUGUACUUUCCCAAAAGUGUCUUUUCUUUCUUUUUCCCCCCAAGGCCGUUGCACAAUGAAUUGGUUUGUAGUUUCUGCCUGUGGCUUCAAAUGAGCAUUACUUUGAAUAUAUUUGAAUGCUCUCAAAAACUGAGUAGAAUGAAUUUUGUCAGUUCCUCCCAGUGUUUUUUUUCCAUGUAAGCUGCUGUAAAAAAGGAUUCUAAAGAAGGAUUAAAGUCCCAAUAUUUUUAAAACAUUGUAAUGGUCAAGAAUAUCCAUAUUGGAUUUCCAUUGGUUUAAAAGCAUGACAAAGAUUUCGUCACAUUUUUCAGAACACCACCAUGUGAUGUCAAAAAAAAAGAUGAAUUGCUGUGUUUUUCCUAAAGGGGCAUGACGUUUCACAGUGGUAGGAAUCUUAGGAACAGAUGCUCCACGUUUAAUUAGUUUAGAAGAUGAACAUUAACAGAAGUGCAGUGCUUAAGCAGGCGGUUGUAAAGAGUAAACAUGUACAUGUAUUGAGCAAUGACUCCCUUAGAAUACAUGGCAGAAAGUUCUGUUGGAAUCUAAUGGGCUUGCUUCCAUGUAAAUAUGUCCUAAAAUAGCUGCAUUCUCCCAAGAAAUAGUGUAUGAUCUGUGCAUGAGUAUACAAUCAUGGCCCUUUAAUUAGAGUUCAUUUUAAAAUUUCACUCAAGUAUAAAAUGAUCCAUUGGCCUCUCAUGUGGCUGAUUUGGGGGAGUGGGGUUUACUUCCAAGACGCGUUCCUCAAAAAGACACGUGCCUGAAUUUGGUGGUAUUUUUGCUUUCUAGCACAACCUAGUGUGUUCCCUAUAUUUGUAGUUUUAGCCAUUUACAUCCUUGCUUUAUUGUUCUUCUGGAGUAGAUAAGCUGUAUAGCAGAGCUCUAAACUUUAUUCCCUUUCUAAAAACCAAGGAUUUGGAUUCGUAAAUGUUAAUUCUGAUUAUGAAAUGUCAUAUUUUGCUUCUGUGUCCAAGAUUGAUCUAAUGGAGGUGUUUAGAAAGAUGUGUUUACAAUUCAGUAGCAUGCUAAAAAAAGCUCUGGAAAGUUUCUGCCUUUCUCAUAAAUGAACAUGUAUUGUAAGAGACUUAGUAUAUCUGUGUGAAUCCAGUAAAUUAAUGUGCAAAUUCAGACGUCAUGUACAGAAGCUUUUAUUUACAAACAGCUGUUAAAGUCAUUAACCAGUUUCACCACAAAUCAAAUGUGUGCCUCAAUUACAUUAAAGAACAAUUGCUUUACUUAUAGCUUGUAUGGAUAUUAUAAACACUUAGGUAUUGAAAGUAAGAACAGGAUAGGAAUUUAACUGUGAUAUAGCUACACUAUUUGGCAGAUAAAGAAAUAGCUAUAUUGCAAAUUACAUAAGACAACAAGAAAAUUCAGGAUACAAUUGUCAACUUAUAAUGUAUUCACACUGAAAAUCUAGCAAUAUAAAUAAAAGAGAAAUCAAGUGAAACUUUAACCAAGUUUUAUUUUAGCAUAACCUUGCAUGAGUCAGACCUCAC